AUGAAGAAAAUCUGCGUAACUAUCAAUUACUAUUCUAAAGAAUCCACAGGUAUGUAUAAGAGAGAAGCAAAAUUCCUUGAAGUCCGUGGCUUAUACACGUGCUUAUCCAACAUAGAAUACACAAAUCAAGGUCUCGGUCACAUAAAUCCUGAUAACAAAAUAGGUGCAAAACCGGGAUCUGGAAGGCUUUGUUUCAGAGCCUCUCAAACUCACAAAAUUCACCAAAGGGAUUCCCACGCAACCUCCUCUCUAUUGCACAUGAAAAACAA